UUUCCUGUCCCAUUUCUCUCACCUCGUUUGUCCCGGUCCAUCCCGGUUUCUCCCAGCCCGUUUGUCCCGGUUUUUCCCAGUGUAUUUCUCCUGUCCCGUUUCUCCCGGUUUCUCCCAGUCCAUCCCGGUUUUUCCCGUCCCAUUUCCCCCGUCCCGUUUGUCCCGGCCCAUCCCGGUCCGUUUGUCCCGCUUAGUCCCGCUUUGUCCCGGCCCGUUUCUCCCAGCCCGUUUAUCCCGGUUUCCCCCACUUUGUUCUGCUUAGUCCCAGCCCGUUUCUCCCAGUCCAUCCCGGGUUUUCCUGGUCCGUUUCUCCCAGCCCAUUUGUCCCGGUCCAUCCCGGUUUCUCCCGUCCCAUUUCUCCUGGUUUGUCCCGGUCCAUCCCGGUUUUUCCUGGUCCGUUUCUCCCAGCCCGUUUAUCCCGGUUUCUCUUGGUGUAUUUCCACUGUCCCGCUUUGUCCCGGCCCGUUUCUCCCGGUUUCUUCCGGUCUAUCCCGGGUUUUCCUGGUCCGUUUCUCCCAGCCCGUUUCUCCCGACCCAUCCCGGUUUCUCCCGUCCCGUUUCUCCCGGUUUCUCCUGGUCCAUCCCGGUUUCUCCCGGUGUAUUUCCCCUGUCCCGGUUUGUCCCAGCCCGUUUGUCCCAGCCCGCUUAUCCCGGCCCGUUUAUCCCGCUCUGUCCCGCUCUGUCCCGGAUUGUCCCGGAUUGUCCCGCUCUGUCCCGCUCUGUCCCACUCUGUCCUGUCCCGUUUUGUCCCGCUUUGUCCCGCUUUGUCCCGGGAUGCUGCUGGCCGUGCUGCUGGCCGCCCUGGGCGCCGCCCGCGCUCUCUCCACGUGCCGCACGCUGGACCUGGAGGCGGCGCGGCUCAAGCGCAUCGAGGCCGUGCGGGGCCAAAUCCUGAGCAAGCUGCGGCUCCCUGCCCCGCCCCCCGAUCCCGAGCCUGGCCCGGGACUGCCCGAGGACGUUCGGGCUCUGUACAACAGCACCCGGGAGCUGCUGCGGCAGCGGGCCCGGCUCCGGGAGCCCGAGGAUCCGCAGGAAUACUGGGCCAAGGAGCUGCUGAGAUUCCCCAUGGAGACACCCGGGGAUGGUGUCCCCGAGCGCUGGCGCCCCACGGCCCGCAGCCUGUUCUUCGUGUUCAACGCCUCGCGGCUGCGGGCGGGGCUGGGCCGGGCCGAGCUGAGCCGGGCCGAGCUGCGCAUGCUGCGCCAGGGGACAGCGACAGGGACAGGGACGGGGACAGCGACAGGGACAGCGGGGACAGCGGGGACAGGGACAGCCACCGCCGCGCUGGGCACCGAGCAGAGAGUCGAGCUCUACCAGGGUUUCGGGAACUCCUCCUGGCGUUACCUGCACGGCCGCUCCGUCCGUGUCACCGCCGAGGACGAGUGGCUCUGGUUCGAUGUCACCGAGAGCGUCCAGCAGUGGCUGCGCGGCUCCGAUUCCCUGGUCGUGUUCCGGCUCAGCGUUCACUGCCCCUGCGAGCCUGACGGGGGCGCUGCGCCCGCCCUGCGAAUCAACAUCGAGGGGUUCGAGCAGCAGCGCGGGGACAUGCAGAGCAUCGCGCGCCGGCACCGCCGCGUCCCGCACGUCCUGGCCAUGGCGCUGCCACCGGAGCGGCUGCAGGCGCUGCAGGGACACCGGGCCAGGAGGGACCUGGGGGGACAGCACUGCGGGGGCCCCGAGGAGCAGAGCUGCUGCGUGCGCCCCCUGUACAUCGAUUUCCGCCGGGACCUGCAGUGGAAGUGGAUCCACGAGCCCCGGGGCUACAUGGCCAACUUCUGCGGGGGGCCCUGCCCCUACAUCUGGAGCGCCGACACGCACUACACCAAGGUCCUGGCUCUGUACAACCUGCACAACCCCGGGGGCUCUGGGAUAUAUCUAUGA